CUCAACGCGCUGUACAUUAUCACAGGUAGAUCAGAUCCCGGUGUCUCUUUGCUCAGUGAAGAACAAAAUUCUUCCGGCAAGCUUCGACGAAUUCGUCCUUAGAUCCAACACCGGCGGAGAUGUCUGCAUUCAGCGGCGAUGAGACUGCGCCUUUCUUCGGCUUCCUUGGCGCUGCGGCUGCUCUCGUUUUCUCCUGCAUGGGAGCUGCUUAUGGGACAGCAAAGAGUGGUGUCGGUGUGGCAUCUAUGGGUGUGAUGAGGCCUGAGUUGGUAAUGAAGUCUAUUGUCCCAGUGGUUAUGGCUGGUGUUCUGGGUAUCUACGGAUUGAUUAUUGCUGUGAUCAUCAGUACUGGGAUCAACCCCAAGGCUAAGUCGUACUACCUCUUUGAUGGGUAUGCCCAUCUUUCUUCUGGACUCGCUUGUGGCCUUGCUGGGCUUUCAGCUGGAAUGGCCAUCGGGAUUGUGGGUGAUGCCGGUGUCAGGGCCAACGCUCAACAGCCAAAGCUCUUUGUGGGGAUGAUUCUUAUCCUCAUUUUCGCUGAAGCACUGGCUCUGUACGGUCUCAUCGUGGGUAUCAUCUUGUCUUCCCGAGCCGGCCAGUCCAGAGCAGACUGAGAGAGGAUGGGCGGUUUUGACCCCCAAAGGAUUGUUUCAUCUAUGGGUAAGACGGUGGAUUUGCUUGAGGUCAGCCAUGUGCCUUAAGAAGGUGCUGGCUCGAACCCAAAAAAAACAGUCUUCAGGUUUUGUUGUUUCCAGCAUUGUGUUAUGUUUGUAAUAUGAUGGCGAAGGAUUCUGUGCUCAAAAUAAAAACGCCGGGAGGCACCUCCUACUUGCGUGGAAUGGUAUAUGUGAACCUCUGGUAGGAUGGAUUUGUA